AUGCGCAAGCAAGAUUCCGACGAAAAACCCUACGAAGAGCAAAUCGAAAUACUACAGGAAACGAUUGCAAAAUUGAUUGUGACAAAUGAAACGACAGAGAACAAACUCGCGAAUUUGACAUUCGAAACGAAUGAUGUGAUCAGUUAUUUGAAAAAAUUGGUCGAGGAAAAAGACGAAGAGAUUGCUAGACUAGAAGAUAUGCUGGAAAUUCAACAAAAUGAUUUCAAGAAGCAAAUGACGAUCAACCGCGAAAAUUUUGAAAAAGAGGAAUUUAAAAUGAAAGAAGAAAUCGAAAAAUUGAGAAGUGAAAUGAAAAUUAUGGAUACCCAACUCGGGAAUCAGCAUAGAAUUGGAUUGGAAAUUGUCGAAAUGAGCACGAAAUUGAACGAAUUGAAAAAAGUUGUGGCUGAUCAAGAAGAAAUAAUUCGAAGAAAAGAAGCUGAAGAACGAAGUGUGAAAAUUGUAGCAAAGGAAUUAGCUCGGGCUGAUUUAGUUGCCGAGUUUGAGCAAGCUGUCGCGGAAAUUCGAGCCGAAACGAGUUUAGAAAACAAAGGACACACUUUGAUGAACAACCAGGUGAUUGCUCAUUUGGAACUUGAGCUAACCAAAAAAUCUCAAGAAAUUGCAAGACUUGAGAUGAUAAUCAACGAGAAAAAUGAAGAAAUUGAAAACGAAAUGCGAAGAACGAGCGAGAAAGAAGAGGAGAAUUUAAAAAUGCGUCGAUUGCUGGAAAAAAGCGGACAGACUACUGAAAAAGCUUUGAAAGAUAGUAAGCGAAGGCUUGAAGAAUCAGAAAACAAGAAAAAGUCGAUAAUGGAAAAAUAUUCUCAAAUAGAGAUUGAUUUGAAAUCGAAAUUAGAAGACACAUUAGAGAUGUUGGCUAAAGCAGAAAAAACGAGAGAUGAGCUUGAAGAACGACUUCUAAAAGAGCAACAAACUCGAAAACUCACAAUCGAAGCACACAAAACCCAAAACAAGAAGAUUGAAGAGCUCAAAACGUUUUUGAAGGACGUUCUCUCAAGCGAAGAGGGUCUUCUUGAUGAUGUAAUUCAAGAAAACCGUCACUCUGUAUUUGCUCAUUUAUCAUUAAUUGUUUCCAGAAUUCCAAUUGUCAGAUAA